UUACGCUGUGCGCGCGGACGUUCUUCUUCUUUUUCCUUUUUUCGGUGGUGAACACUGUUAACGCCCACUUUCCCCUCAUUGCUCAUUUUGCGGAGAGACAGGUCCAUUCUCGGGCCAGGCAGGCAGACACACGGGCAGGCAGGCAGACAGACAGACGGGCGGACCCGAGCAUCCAUCAAAGACAUUAUCGGUGUGUGAGUGUGUGUGAGUGUGUGUGUGUGUGUGAGGCUAAAACAUGUUUUCCUCCUGAAAACACAGGCCACGUCAAAGCCGAGCAGCCAGUAUCGAUACCGGGGGCAGGACGCGGGACUCUCACCGAAACCAUCACCGCAGAAAUGGAUUGUGAGCGUGUUCAGUGACGAGCGGAGCUCCCCUUCCUCUUCUCCUCUCCUCCUCUGCUCCACUGCUGCUGCUCCUGCUCCUGCUGCUCCUGCUGCUUGUUAUUGACCUAUCGCGGAAAUAGACGGUCUUCCUCCUCGUCUCCUGGUUCCUCACUCGCUCCCUCCCCUCUGUCUCUCCGUCACUGCUGCCGCAGAGUGAGCGCGCUCCUCGGCUCAUUGAAUCCCGGAGCGUCCGCAGGCCACUGACUGACAUCUGGGCACAUCACAACUGCUGCAGAAUAACGCGGACCCUCCCUGUGUGUGUGAGUGAGUGAGUGAGUGAAUGUGAGAGUGUGAUUUAUUCACGCCUGUAUUAUAAUGCCGACACAUCUGCGGUUUCGGAGAAGGUCAUUCCUUGGGCUCAUAUUCCUCUUCUCACUGUCCACCUCCGCAUUGUACUUCAUCUACUCCGCUCCCGGAAUCGUGAAUGAGUAUGUGUUCAUGGUCCAAGCCAGAGGGAUCCAGAUCCGAGAGAAUGUGAAGAACAUCGGGGCACAGGUGCUGGAGCAGGUGGUGAGAGGAGCGUACAGCGUCAACGGCACAGAUUAUUCCUAUGAUUUUAAUGUGAGUGAGAGUGAUGCUCCUCCCUCCACAUACCUGCCUGAGGGUUUCACCUACCUCCCCUCGCAGGUGUGCCCUGACAGGCUGCCCUCCAUGAAGGGCAGGUUGGUGGUCAACAUGAGCGAGGUUUCUCUGGAGGAUGUUGAGGGACCCUUGCUGGAGGCGGAGCUGAGUGUCGCCCCAGGAGGUUUCUGGAAGCCCAAAGACUGUUUACCUCGAUGGAAGGUGGCCAUCCUCGUCCCAUUCAGGAACCGACAUGAACACUUACCAAUCCUCCUGAGACACCUGGUGCCAGUGCUGCAGAAACAGAAAAUCCAGUUUGCCUUUUAUGUCAUAGAGCAGGGCGGCACAGAGCCGUUUAACCGAGCCAUGUUGUUCAACGUGGGCUACAAGGAGGCGAUGAAGGACCUGGACUGGGACUGUCUGAUCUUCCAUGACGUGGACCACCUCAUGGAGAACGACAGGAACUACUACGGCUGCACAGACAUGCCGCGACACUUUGCGGUCAAGCUGGACAAGUACUCGUACAUGCUUCCAUAUAAUGAGUUCUUUGGUGGCGUCAGCGGCCUGACGGUGGAGCAGUUCAAGAAGAUUAAUGGAUUUCCUAAUGCGUUCUGGGGAUGGGGAGGAGAGGACGAUGACCUCUGGAACAGGGUGCAGUUUGCUAACCUCACAGUGAGCAGACCACAUGGAGAACAGGGACGCUACAUGUCCAUACCACAUCACCAUCGUGGGGAAGUUCAGUUUCUGGGAAGGUAUAGUCUACUACGUCACUCAAAGGAGCGACAGAAGGUGGACGGUCUCAACAACCUCAACUACUCGCCCCUUGUGUCCAGGAGGCCUCUCUACACCAACAUCACAGUGAGCCUGAGCAGAAACCUCGCACCUGUGGCCGACUACUGACCGAGGCCCAGCUGGACUGCAGACCACCAGGGAAUCACAUCAGCCAUAUUUCACCUGUUUCAGCACUGCUUUAGGACUUUUCACUUGAUUCAAUCUUUUUUCUUUUGUUUAUAUGCAAAAAAAGAAAAGACAAAGAAGAGUUAAAUAAGUGUGUUGGAUAAAUCGUAUAAGAAAACUAGGGAUAUAUGCUGCACCAGUCUGUGCAACAGUCCAUCACUCCUUCCCAUCUGAGCUUAUCUAAUCUUCUCUCUCCACAUGCCUUUUGCACCAUUUUGGCCUUCAGCAUCCAUUCAGCUAUUCAUUCAUUCAUUCAUUCAUUCAUUCAUUUUCUGAUUCAAUAAGCUCAUGCCUACACAGCUGUGCUUAUUUCUUGAAAUAUAGGCCACGGUAACGCAGGUGCACGCAUGCGACAGUGUGGCUUGCAUGUGCUGACUCGUUCCCUUAGGCUUUGAUUUACGUUUGUUUUUUGUUUUUUUGCACUUGUCGUUUUCACGAAUGCCGUUAAAAACCUGGGAAAACAUUUACACACACACACACACACACACACACACACACACACACACACACACACACACACCACCACCACCACCACAUAGCGACUUUAGCCCAGUGGAUUCCUGCAGCUGGUUCUGCAGAUGCCAAAUCUUCAAGUGAAGAGUGCUAGAGAGAAUUCUAUAUAAAGAGUGAGAUUAAUUUAUCCUGAAACCUCGAUCAUGUCUGAGUGGCUUCAUUUGGUCCUGUGAACCUCGUGUUGAAAGACUGUGAUGUGUGUGUCUUUGCAUAGUUCCGCCUGUGUGUGUGUGUUUGUUCAACCUGUUAGCAAUAAGCUGCAAAAGCAGACAGCGGAAAACAUACAUCCUGACUUCCUUCACUUAUACAGAUGCAACAGAGCGGGUGCCAACACACACACACACACACACACACACACACACACACACACACACACACACACACACACACACACACACACACACACACACACACACACACACACACACACACGCACGCACGCACACACACACACACACCUUACUGGAGUGAGUGUGUAUGCAAACUCAGCGCUCACCUUUGCCUCAGCAAACACCCCGCCCUCUUUCACCAUCUUUGUCUGUGUCAUGUGACAGUGAAGGAGGCCCGUGUGUGUGUGUGUGUGUGUGUGUGUGCGCGCUGCGCCGCUGGGCGUCGCGUGCAAAGUCCGGCAGAGACUGGAAACGGUUUUUGCUUUGUCAUGUUUUCAGAUCCCACGUGGUUUCAUGUUUAGUCGUCUUGAUGGUUCUUCCAGAGGAGAAGUGUAGGUAGGAAUGACUUGAUCGCUGACGCUGUCACUGGUGUUUACAGAAGCUUUUGCUUUGUUGUGUUUCAGACCGUCUCGUCUUUGUGUUGACGUUCCCCAGCCCUCCUUCACUGUGGCUGCUGUGAAAUCUCCUCAGUGAUAAAUCUAUAGCUGCCUUUGUUUUCUUUGUACUACUUUAUUUUGAAACUACUGAUUAUCCCUGUUAGCUUGGAGCUAGGUGUUGGCACAGACAGGAUGUUGUGAGUUUGUGUUGGAUGGCGUGUAGCGUGAAGGUCAUGUGAGCAGGUUCAGGUUCAUCUUUCACUUCACUCUCAAUGUCUUUACCAACACGACUCAAUCUAACCAGGCUUUUAUUGUGAAAUAUUUGGAUGUCACUCACUACAGACCUGCAGGUGUGACGGCAUAUGAGCAGUUGCUACAACUCCGCCUCCUUUAUGUGUGUGUGUGUGUGGGUGGGUGUGACGAUACAGAUUUUUGAGCAACAUCCCAAAAACUGUUAAAUGAAAAAGAAACAGGUUGUGUCACACUGUCUUUCGUCAUGCAGCUACUUCAUUUCACACAAACCGCCUUGUAUGCAUUUCUGAUGAUGAAUCUUAAUGAGGAAAAUGUGGCUGUUUGAAAAACAAUGAGAAAAAAUUGAAGAUGCAAAGAGGCUGGCCCUCGUUUUUUUAUUUAUUUGAUCUUUUCUGGAUUCUUUUCUGGAAUUGUUGAGUUUUUGUGUUUCCUGGCGAUGAUUGAGGUGACCUACUGUAAGACGGUGUUACACGCACUGAAACCUGUAAUUGUUUGUAAUUGUGUGGCCAUUGUGAGGUUCAGGUCCGUACCAAAAAAAACGCCUCUCCAUUUCAUUCAAACACGCACUCUACGGGAGAAUCUACGGGAGGAGCGCGCUUUGAAGGAAAUGGAAUGGGGCCAUUGUAGCCUAGUGUGUAUUAAUCUGCUGGAAAGACACAAUGGAGGAGCAGGAGGAGGCCAUUUUGUGUGACAACCACAGGAAGAGCAAGACACCUAAUGAGGAGAAUGCUAGUGGUCGCUGUCUUUCACUGGACGCCUCCUUUAUUCUAAGUGACAGUCCAUGGUGCUGACUCUCUUGACGUGUUUACUGGAACCAAUCCUGACAUUACCCAGGUUUAAAACAUCCCAACUUCACUCAGGCCGGGUCGUACGUUCCACAUCCAUGUGUCGUCAGACUUCCACUGAAGUCAUGUGCUCACGUCCACAGACCAACACGAGCACCUGUGCUCCUCGUGGCACCGGAACACCUUCCAGUCCAGUUUGGAAGCAAAACGCUCGACCAGGGCUCUCAAAGUCCUCAAAUGUCCCGGGUGCCAGUGAUCGUCUCGUCUGGUCAGUGCGAGGAAAUGAAAACAAGUUGGUUUGCACACGUUUAGCACCUGACCAGUCGCCCAGGAGGCGUCCAGCGAAGGUCACACACCGUAGCGCCGUUUGCGUUCAGUUUUUCUUUUCCAUGUGUGUUUGAGUGAAAUGGCUAAAACCUCUCAGAGGUCAAAGUGUCCUCCAUCUACAUUUUAAGGUUGUUUAUGAUUAUUUUUUUUAUGUUUUCCAGCACUGAUAAGAACA